AGGCGUUCCUCACGCGUAAACACAGCAAUGACAGAAUAAAGUUCGUCUCGAGUCUCCUCGGAUCUGCUAGAUCAUUAUACACACAGCUGGAUUAACGGAGCUUUGUCCUGGUCCAACUUCUCAUCGCUGGGAUGUGCCGUGAUUGAAGGAUCUGCCCCGCUGUUACACACACACGGACUCACACACACUCUGGGUCGGAUCACACACACUCGCCUCGACGUCGUCAUGUUGGCUCUCCUGUUGUUUGCUCUGCUGGCUGUUCGCUCUCACGCUCUCGAGGUCCACGUCCCAGAAUCCCCUGUGGUGUCUCGGUUUGGGAUGGACACAGUCCUGAACUGCUCUUUCUCCGGGGUCUCAGAGUUUAACCUGUCGGACCUGAGUGUGUUCUGGCAGCUGUCGGACACCAAGCGCACCGUACACAGUUAUUGGCUGAGCCGGGAUCAGCUGACCGACCAAGACGAGCGGUUCUCCAACCGCACCAGCCUGUUCCCCGGUCAGCUGAGGUUCGGGAACGCCUCGCUCCUGCUGAAGAACGUGCGCGUCGCGGACGAGGGAAGUUACUCGUGUUUCGUCAGAGUCGAGGCGUACAGCAGCGGAGCCAUGCUAAUGCAAGUCGCAGCGCCGUUCUCCAAACCCCUGGUCACCUGGGGCAGCGAGUCCCACCUGAAGCCCGGUGACGCGGUGGCCCUCACCUGUGUGGCGUACGGGGGGUAUCCCGAGGCGCAGGUGCUCUGGCAGGACGGCGCGGGGCAAAACCUCACGGACAACGUUACCGUCUCGCAAGUAGCGAACGAGGAGGGUUUGUUCAGUGUGAAGAGCGUCCUGACCGUCAUACUGGAGCCCGACAGCACUUACAACUGCAGACUGACCAAUCCACUGCUGGGAGACGAAGCGCACGCAUCGGUUACCAUCACGGGCCAGAAUCCGGUGUUUCCCCCGGUGGCUCUGUGGGUGACGGUGGGUCUGGCCGUGUGUUUGCUGGGUUUGCUCAUCGCUCUGGCUGUCGUCUGCCGAAGGAAGAUCCAGGAGAGCUGUGAGGAGAUGAGAGCUGAAGAAGAAGCCAAAGAACUUGAGGAAGCCAAAGAAUUAGAAGAAGCCAAGUCAGCUGCAACACCUCUGAAGAGCUAAAGCUGGAGACCACAGAUCCGCGGCCGGCAGUCAGUGAGCGACACGAACACACACACACACACACACACCAUUCCUCCGAUCCAGCAGCGCUUCAGAAGGGAUUUCAACUUGCGUGUUUCACGCAUGGAUAGCAGAACUUUACAUUUUGACAUUUCACUGAGUUUGAUUCCCGUGUGCAUGAGGGAAGCCGCAUGUGGGCCGAAACAGAGCCACGACUGACUUCACGUUCCACCAUUGAUCUCGAAAA